AAGAAAGCAAAAAAAUAAAAGAUUUGCCUUUUGUGAGUCUAUUUAUAGCCAGUUCAUUCAGUCCUUUAUAGAUCACUACGCCCCACCCAAGGCUAUUGAAUAUUGAUCUUCUUCUUUCUUGCUUUGCUUUCUUUCUUUCUACCAUUUGCAGAUUCAGGAGCAGACAGUGAGAAAAUGGCUGCUCGAAAUCUGGAGAAGAUGGCCUCAAUUGAUGCCCAAUUGAGGCUUUUGGUGCCUGGGAAGGUCUCAGAGGAUGACAAGCUUGUUGAGUAUGAUGCUUUGCUUCUGGAUCGGUUUCUUGAUAUUCUUCAGGACUUGCAUGGAGAGAAUCUCAGGGAAACGGUCCAAGAGUGUUAUGAGCUCUCAGCCGAGUAUGAAGGUAGGCACGACCCCAAGAAGCUGGAGGAGCUUGGAAAUGUGUUGACAAGUCUAGAUCCGGGGGAUUCCAUCGUGAUUGCAAAAUCUUUCUCUCACAUGCUUAACUUGGCUAACUUGGCCGAGGAGGUUCAGAUUGCCUAUCGUCGCAGACAGAAAUUGAAGAAGGGGGAUUUUGUUGACGAGAACAGUGCAAUAACUGAAUCCGACAUUGAAGAGACUCUCAAAAGGCUUGUGGUGGACAUGAAGAAGUCUCCUCAAGAAGUAUUUGAUGCAUUGAAAAACCAGACGGUGGAUCUUGUUUUAACUGCUCAUCCUACGCAAUCUGUCCGGAGAUCAUUGCUUCAAAAGCAUGCAAGGAUCCGGAAUUGUUUGGCUCAGCUGUAUGACAAAGACAUUACACCUGAUGAUAAACAGGAGCUCGACGAGGCUUUGCAGAGGGAGAUUCAAGCUGCUUUCCGCACUGAUGAGAUUCGAAGGACUCCCCCGACCCCCCAGGAUGAAAUGAGAGCUGGGAUGAGCUACUUCCAUGAGACGAUUUGGAAGGGUGUUCCAAGGUUUUUGCGGCGUGUUGACACAGCUCUUAAAAACAUAGGAAUUAAUGAGCGUGUUCCUUACAAUGCCCCGUUGAUUCAAUUUUCCUCUUGGAUGGGUGGCGAUCGUGAUGGAAAUCCACGGGUGACUCCCGAGGUCACAAGGGAUGUUUGCUUACUGGCCAAAAUGAUGGCAACAAACUUGUACUAUUCCCAAAUCGAGGAUCUUAUGUUUGAGAUGUCUAUGUGGCGGUGCAAUGAUGAGCUUCGUGCUCGAGCAGAUGAACUUCACCGGUCAUCAAGGAGAGAUGCAAAACACUACAUAGAAUUUUGGAAACAAGUUCCACCAAAUGAACCAUACCGUGUUAUUCUUGGUGAUGUGAGGGAUAAACUAUACCAGACUCGUGAGCGUACUCGCCAGUUGUUAGCCCAUGGACACUCUGAUAUCCCCGAGGAGGCAACAUUCAGUAAUGUUGAGCAGUUCUUGGAACCUCUAGAGCUGUGCUACAGAUCUCUGUGUGCUUGUGGCGAUCGACCCAUUGCAGAUGGAAGUCUGCUGGAUUUUCUGAGGCAAGUUUCCACCUUUGGGCUCUCACUGGUGAGGCUCGACAUUAGGCAAGAGUCGGAUCGCCACACAGAUGUCUUGGAUGCUGUGACUACGCACUUGGAAAUUGGUUCGUAUCGAGAAUGGUCUGAAGAGCGUAGGCAGGAGUGGCUUCUGUCUGAACUGAGUGGCAAGCGGCCUCUAUUUGGACCCGAUCUUCCAAAAACCGAAGAGAUUGCUGAUGUAUUGGACACAUUACAUGUCAUAGCAGAACUCCCACCGGACUGCUUUGGGGCGUACAUAAUCUCUAUGGCCACUGCUCCAUCUGAUGUGCUAGCGGUUGAGCUUCUACAGCGCGAAUGCCGGGUGAAGCAGCCCCUAAGGGUGGUCCCACUUUUCGAGAAGCUAGCAGACCUAGAGGCUGCUCCUGCUGCUGUUGCCCGCCUUUUCUCGAUCGAGUGGUACAGAAACCGGAUAAAUGGUAAGCAAGAAGUCAUGAUUGGGUACUCGGACUCUGGCAAAGAUGCUGGCCGGCUAUCUGCUGCCUGGCAGCUAUACAAGGCUCAAGAGGAGCUAGUGAAAGUCGCGAAACAGUAUGGUGUGAAGCUUACUAUGUUCCACGGGAGAGGUGGCACAGUUGGACGAGGAGGCGGCCCGACACAUCUUGCUAUAUUGUCCCAACCACCUGACACGGUUCAUGGAAAUCUCCGCGUUACUGUUCAGGGCGAAGUUAUUGAACAAUCAUUCGGGGAGGAACACCUGUGCUUUAGGACACUCCAACGCUUCACUGCUGCUACUCUCGAGCACGGUAUGCAUCCACCGGUCUCUCCAAAACCAGAAUGGCGUGCACUUAUGGAUGAAAUCACCGUCGUUGCCACAGAAGAGUACCGCUCAAUAGUCUUCCAAGAACCACGAUUCGUGGAGUAUUUCCGCCUUGCCACACCUGAGCUAGAGUAUGGCAGGAUGAACAUUGGCAGUCGCCCAUCAAAGCGUAAACCAAGUGGAGGCAUUGAAUCCCUUAGAGCCAUUCCAUGGAUUUUUGCGUGGACGCAAACCAGGUUCCACCUCCCCGUUUGGCUAGGUGUUGGUGCAGCAUUCAAAUGUGCUAUCCAAAAGGACAUCAAGAACCUCAAAAUGCUCCAGGAAAUGUACAACGAAUGGCCAUUCUUUCGGGUCACCAUCGAUUUAGUAGAAAUGGUGUUCGCCAAGGGAGAUCCCGGGAUAGCUGCACUGUACGACAAGCUUCUCGUUUCAAAGGAUUUAUGGUCAUUUGGCGAGCGCUUGAGGUCCAACUUCGAGGACACAAAGAGCCUUCUCCUACAGAUUGCUGGACAUAAGGAUCUUCUGGAGGGAGACCCCUACUUGAAACAGCAACUCAAGCUCCGCGAUUCCUACAUAACAACCUUAAAUGUCUGUCAAGCUUACACCCUGAAACGCAUUCGUGACCCAGACUACCACGUCACUCUGAGGCCCCACAUCAGCAAAGACUAUGUCGAUUCCAAGCCCGCUGCUGAGCUCGUGAAGCUGAACCCAAUGAGCGAGUAUGCCCCCGGGUUGGAGGACACCCUCAUCUUGACCAUGAAGGGUAUUGCUGCUGGAAUGCAGAAUACAGGUUAAGCUACUUUUUUUUUCCAGUUGUUUUCUGGUAUAAAUAACAGAUGCUGUUCCUCAUCUUAUUGAUGAAUGUUUAUCAGAUAAUGUACUAUUAAACCUCCCGGUAGAAAGCGCAACGCUUUACUAGCAUGUAAUAACUAUAUACUGAGAGUAUUUGCUGAAGAAUUGAAUGAUUUUGGACAUGGGUAUAUAUAGUUCACAGAACUAUUUCAUAUUUCCUGUUUA